CUUCAAGAUAAAAGCCUCCUAUUUUGAGAAUUGACUCACGCUCAAACUACAACAUACCUCGUUGACCAUACAGAAGACGAGUAUCCUUCUCUGAAUCUUUAUCUAAAUGGCCGAUAUUGAGUAUCUGAAGGGCCUCGAGGCUGUGCGUGAGCGAGCUCACCUGGUGCUUGGAGCGGCUGAGAGGGACGAACUAUCCCACUUCGAUUAUGACUCUUCGAAGAUGUCUGAAGUGGCGGAAUUUGUUGCUGGUGUUAUCACGCGAGACUUCGGCCCUGAUCGAUUCGACCAGAUUCCCCCGCACGGACGGUGGCAACACUUUGAUGUUGGCGGCGUUGCUCGUGUCGACGGCUUAAUCAAACACUGGAAGCUCAAGGGACUGAACAGACUCGAGACUACACGUCGACUGAUCGAUCUUUUCUUUGUCGCGGUUCUACUCGAUGCUGGAGCUGGAGAUGUCUGGAAGUUUGCUGAGCCCAACACUGAUCAGGCUUAUGGCAGAAGUGAAGGUAUAGCCGUUGCAUCUCUAUACAUGUUCAAGGCUGGUGCCUUCUCAAGCAAUGGGGGGAAAGAUGUUGAAACGGUUGAUGGUCGCGCUUUACUGGCACUAGAUGUCACCGGCUUCGAGCAGCAUUUCCAAAUCACCGACAAGAACCCCCUUGUUGGAGCUGGGUCUCGCGUCAACUUGUUGAAGAGCGUGGGAUCUUCCCUUCUGAGCCUUCCAAAGUUCUUCGGAGAAAGCGGUCGACCAGGGAAUCUUGUUGACUAUCUGGUUCAGCAAGCGGGCGAUUCUAAAGAGCUAGACUUCAACACUCUUUGGGCUAUCCUGCAAGAAACACUCCUGCCAGCCUGGCCCAGAAACCGUACCAGGAUUGCAGACAAGCCAAUCGGCGACGCCUGGCCUCUUGAAAUACUCUCAAAACUCAACGCUGGAAAGGACAGUGGAAAUGAAAAUCGUACCCUACACAUUGCGCCAUUCCACAAGUUGACGCAAUGGCUUGCCUAUUCACUCACGGUUCCUUUCAUGCGAGUGCUUGAUAUGCAGUGGAAGAAUUUGGACAAAGGGACCGGGCUUCCGGAAUAUCGCAACGGAGGCUUAUUCGUCGAUCUGGGUGUCCUGAAGCUCAAAGAGGAAGCUUUGAAGGCUGGCCUAGCUGCAUCGCAAAAGGAACUUCCCAGCUAUGAGGCCACGAGCGAUGUUAUAGUCGAAUGGCGCGCAAUGACUGUGGCUCUUCUUGAUAAGCUGCAUGAACUUAUCGGUGCGCAUUUCGCUAGCCAGGGUGUCAAGUUGAGUAUGCCGCAGAUGCUGGAGGCUGGUUCUUGGAAAGCAGGACGAGAGUUGGCGGCAAAGUUCCGUCCCGCGACUAAGUCGAGCCCCAUCCUGAUAGAAGGCGAUGGCACUCUAUUCUAGAGCUAACUGCGUCAUAAUCAAGCUUCAGAGACACAUAUAUGGCAACAAAAAUAAAUGAUACUGUUUUCUCUAUUGUUUUAAGA